AUGUCAGGUGAAGACAACAGUUCUUAUGAUGAUACAACGGUAUUACAUUCUGAAAUCGCCAUUCCUUAUCUAGUUCGUUUUUGGAUUAUUCUUCUCUUUUACAUUCCAUCAAUCAUAUGUUCUUUGUUCGUUUUUUAUCAUUUUAUUAUCAAUCGAACAUUACGUCAAGCUUUACAUAAUCAUGUUAUUUUUCUUCUUCUUUUCAUCAAUCUUAUUGUACAACUAACAAGUAUUCCAUGGAUUCUUAAUUAUUAUCGUUUGGGAAAUGUUUGGCCACAAAAUCCUUUAUUUUGUCUUACAUGGAUUUUUAUUGAUGAAGCUUUAUAUAUUACAACAACAAUUCUAUUUGCUUGGGCAACUAUUGAACGUCAUAUUCUCAUAUUUCAUGAUCAAUUAGUAUCAACAAAAUAUAAAUUUAUUUUCUUUCAUUAUUUACCAAUAGUCAUAAUUCUUCUUUAUUGCAUUUGUUACAAUAUUAUUGCAAUUAUUCUUCCACCAUGUGAAAAUAAAUUUGAUUAUACUCAACUUGUAUGUGGUUAUCCUCUUUGUUAUUAUGAAUUUCCAUUCGUAGCGACAUGGGAUGUUGUAGUUAAUGAUAUUAUACCUACAAUAAUAAUUAUUUUCUCUAGUAUUGCUCUUCUUUUACGUGUUGUCUAUCAAAAAUAUCGAAUGCGUCGACCAAUUCGUUGGCGAAAUCAUCGAAAAAUGACGAUUCAGUUAAUAUCAAUUUCAGUUUUGUAUCUUAUUUUAUAUAUACCAAAGAUGUUAAUGGAAUUCAUUUAUAUUUGUGGCGUUUCUGAAGACUUUGGUGCCGAUUUUAUGUCAUAUGCCGAAUUUCUUGCAUAUUAUGGAAUUGUUUUUUUACCGUUUGUAUGUACUGGAUCAAUGCCUGAGCUUAAAAGUAGUAUUAAGAAAAUAUUUCCAUAUUGGCAACAACAAACAAGAAUAGUUGGUCCUCAAACAAUCCGAUUGUCGCGUCGUGCAGUUGAUCCACAUUUAAAAGCAACAACUAUUGUUCCAUGA